AGCGGCCCCCAGCUAGAGCGGUGCGUGUCGCUGUUACCUCUCGCUGCCCGGUCCAGGGCUCCUUCGUUCCCGCUCUGUGCAGCGCGGGGGGCGGGUCAGGCUCGGGUGGGGGCGGGGAGGCGCUUUCCUUCAGUCCGACACGCGCGGGCUUCGGCUGCGAAGCGAAACGGUCGGAGCGGCCGAGCCCCCCGGAACGGCCCCUGGGUCUUCCAGACGCUCGCUGGGCUGCUCGAGGACGCAGCUCCCGGCCUCAGUACGUCCUUCCUGUGUCACCCCGGGCGCGCGCUGCGGAGACCCGCCGGCCAUGGAGAGCGAACAUUCCAGGAUCCCGGUCUACAGCUUCCAUCACCCCACAGCGCUCUCCCGUGGCGUCCCCACAGACACACAGACGCCAUUUCCAUCGAAGAAACAACGUAUCAACAAAACAGUUGAGCCAGAAUUCAGCAAAGAUCCCAAUUUCACUUUUAGCUCAAAUGUUCCAGAGGAUGGUGUCUUCAAAGCCAAAAACCAAGGUCUCUGUAGGUCUACCAAGAAAGCAGAGCCUCUUUCUAAAAAGACAGCAACAACUGCACGAGGACCGCUGAGCCGAUACAGACUGGAGACAGAGCUAAAGACGAAGAACCAGUUGUUGGAAAUAGCCAAACAGCAACUGCACUCAAAGCUGGCAGGAGCACAGGGCACUAUAAAAGACUUGAGAGAAAAGAAUGAAGUCCUGGAAGAAGAAGUUCAAAAGCUGAAAAAAUUUCAAGACAACUGUAUGGUGAUUUUAGAAAGCAGAAAUAUUGAUCCAGUUACAGACAACGAAAUCUUGGAGGAAGAAGAUACGAAGGAGUGUCAGAAGCAGACAAUGUUGCUGACAGAGAAGCUUAAAGAAGAACUGAGACUAUUCAGCCAAAUGGCUGCAAAACAGGAAGAGCUUCUGACAGCAACAGCUAUGUGGAAACUGGCAGAGAAUGACCGGAACAAUUUCCUGGAGAAGCAGACAUCCUUUCAGAGAGAAACAGAAGAGUAUGCUGCCAUUGUUGGUCAGGUGGAGCUCCUCUUGGACACAUGAGGAGUAAGGACUAAUCCAUGUCAUGUUUGUGCCCGUAUCAGCUUCUCAUGACAUAUGUGACUCUGAUCCAGGACCAUAGUUUACUGUAAACAAAGGAAUUAAAGGUUACUGAUGGGUCACAGAGACUUAAAUGGACAGAUAAACGUAAUAGAGAUGUAUUAAAGUUAUUCUACCAUAGGAGGGUCCCCUUCAUAACAUUAUAUA